AUGCCGUCUAUGGCUGUGUGGUGGGAGGCAGGAAAUGAGCAAGAGGACAGAGGUAACGAGACAGGGUCUAAACAUGGUGAGUUCUGGGUGAUUGACUUCGGCUCUGCCAGCAUUUUCAGCGAGGUGCGCUACGUGAAGGAACCCUACAUCCAGUCUCGCUUCUACAGGGCCCCCGAGAUUCUGCUGGGCCUGCCCUUCUGUGAGAAGGUGGACGUGUGGUCACUGGGCUGCGUCAUGGCUGAGCUGCAUCUAGGCUGGCCCCUCUACCCGGGCAACAAUGAGUACGACCAAGUGCGUUAUAUCUGUGAGACCCAGGGCCUGCCCAAGCCACACCUGCUGCACGCUGCCCGCAAGGUCCACCAUUUCUUCAAGCGCAAUCCCCACCCAGAUCCCACCAACCCCUGGCAGCUCAAGUCGUCAGCUGAUUACCUGGCGGAGACCAAGGUUCGCCCCUUAGAGCGUCGCAAGUACAUGCUCAAGUCUUUAGAUCAGAUGGAGACGGUGAACGGCGGCGGGGCCAGCCGGCUGAGCUUUCAGGACCGCGAAGCGGUGGCUGAGCUGGCCGACCUCAGGAGCAUGGUGGAGCUCAUCAAGCGCAUGCUCACGUGGGAAUCCCACGAGCGCAUCAGCCCCAGCGCCGCCCUGCGCCACCCCUUCGUUUCCAUGCAGCAGCUGCGCAGCGCCCACGAGACCACGCGCUACUACCAGCUGUCCCUGCGCAGCUGCCGCCUGUCCCUGCAGGUGGAGGGCAAGGCCCCCCCGGCCAUGGUGGCCACCGCUGAAGAUGGGGCCCCUUAUUACCGGCUGGCCGAGGAAGAGGAAGCCGUGGGCAUGGGUACCGGGCCCUUCUUCUGGGAUGAGAAGGCACCGGGCAUGCAAAGAGCCAUCGAUCAGCUGGAUGACCUGAGCCUCCAGGAGGCAGGGCAAGGUCUGUGGAGCGAGGCCCGGGCUGACACGGUCUCUGACAUGCUCACUCCACUCAAAGCAGCCACCGCUGGCCGCAGGGUCCCUGACUCAGGUCCGGAGCCCAUUCUGGCCUUUUAUGGCAGCCGUCUGACCGGUCGCCAUAAGGUCCGGAAGCCACCCAUGGGCUCCAAGUCCAACUCCAACUUCAGCAAUCUGAUCCGGUUGAGCCAGGCCUCCCCCGAGGACGACGGGCCCUGCCGGGGCAAUGGCUGGGAAGAAGGAGAAGGCCGAGGGGCUUCCGUAGAGCUGCCCACCAUCCCGCAGAGGGACGGGGACGGGCCCAGUAUCAAGGACAUGACGAUGGAUGCUGAGAGGUCUGGGCCUGAGCUCUUUGAGCCCAGCAGCUGUCCUGGCGAGUGGCUGAGUGAGCCAGAGUGGACCCUGGAGAGCGUGCGGGGAUCGCGGGCUCAGGGGCUCCCACCCCGGCACCCCCACCCGCAUCCUCACGGCCCACCCCGCGCUACCACUUUCCUGCAGCACGUCGGCGGGCACCACUGA